AUGGGCUUCAACAUAGAAAACCACACGUGUAUAACACAGAAAGAAACUGUAUGUACCUUCAGGAUAGUCAACGGCUCGGUGCUGGCAGUUAUAGGACUCCUCGGUAUCAUCUUCAGUGGCUCCGUGAUUUACUUCCUUGCUUUCCGUAAAAUCAGACUUUCCAACUGCCAGGGCUAUUUCAUCAUCAACGUAGCAGUCAGCGAUGUCUUGGUCUCUCUCUUGGGCAUUUUCAGAGGACUAGGGAUAAUAGACAGCAAGUUUGUGGGCGCCCCAAAUAAAACUGCUACCUUAUCGUGUGCUCUUUACAAAAUGUGUCUGACAACUGUGGCGAGUUCCGGAUCAAGUAAAAUUGAACAUGCUGAAGAAAUAUGCUUCUUCGUUGUUCCCUUCUUCCUUAUCCUUCUCUUGUACGGGACCAUGAUGUCCAUCAUUAUCAGUACGGGACGGAAAUGUGGUCGGUUCCUGGGCUCGGUGCUGGCAGUUAUAGGACUCCUCGGUAUACUCCUCAGCGGCUCCGUGAUUUACUUCCUGGCCCUCCGCCGAAUCAGACUCGCCAGAUGUCAGAGCUAUUUCAUCAUCAACGUAGCAGUCAGUGAUGUCUUGGUUUCUCUCUUGGGAGUCUUCAGGGGACUAGGAAUAAUAAACAGCAAGUUUGUGGGAGCACCGAAUAACACCACCACCCCAUUCUGCGCAAUAUACAAAAUAUUUCUGACGACCUUUGCGUGCUCCGGCAUCUCCGUGCUCCUCCCCCUGACUGUAGACAGAGCUGUGGCUAUAACCCUGCCACUUCGACACAGCUCCAUCAUCACCAAGAAGACUUGUGUUAUCAUGUUUUUAGCAAAUUGGCUACCAAAUCUAGCUUUAAUGCUUUAUGAAUUGAUAGCGUGGGUUACAGGAACCAUUCAGAUAGAAUACAACGAUAGAUAUUACAGAUGUCUUAUGGUUACAGGUCUUAUAGUUGGAAACAUCGAAAAGUUCUGCUUCGUCAUCAUUCCCUUUCUCCUUGUCCUGACCUUGUAUGCCACCAUCAUGUUCAUUAUCUUCAAAAGGAAAAUACGCAUUGGACGGUUCCUGAUAACUGCAUCCGGUAUUAUAAUAACGGGUCUGGUUGCUUACUCUCCAACUGUGGUCACUGCAAUGUGGGACAUACCGCACAGCUAUGAAGUAUCACAAAUACUGACUGUAACUGUGUACUACAUCAAUGGUAUUGUUAACCCUCUGAUAUACCUGGCAACGCAUCCUAAAACACGGGAAUAUGUUGACUCUCGGCUCUCUCGGAGCCGGACAAGAAGGAGCACUUCGGUUUCGGCAGUACAGUCGUCAGUAGUACAGCCUUCAGUAGGUCCCAGUAGGGGGUUAACUUUAACCAGACUUGGUGUUGCUGUGCCUUCAACCACAUCGCCACCCGAAAUUGUGUCUUUACCCAAGAUGGAGAUUUCUUGGAGUUCAGAUUCAGAUUCAGAAUAAUGCAUAAUAAAUCAUAGAUGGUACUUUCACGAGAGAUA